UAACAGGUUGUGUCACAAAAAACUAUCAAAGCGCGAAAGAUGUCAAAGUAUGCUCAUCGGAUGGGACGAGUGGGGGUAUACUACUCUUAGGCAGAAGUUGACUGAAGAGAAGGUGACUUCAAAUGAAGAAAUGCCCCCAAGGUCAAUUAUGUGGUGUAAAGGACGUGAAAGCACAAAUGCCAUGACCUUAGUUUUUGGCAAGGAAAAGGGCGGAUUUUUAAAGGGUGUCGGCACGGAUGUCACUUACAACAAAUAUUUCAAUGUUCCUCAUCGCAAAGGAUCAUCUAAGGAAGAAAUAAAAGAUCUUAAAGUUGCACUGCAUAAUGGAAAACUUGAGCUUGAGAAAAAAGAUGAUGAACUCAAGGCUUUGUCUACAAAUCUUAAUGAACAAGAUCAAUCACUAAAUCUAGUUUUGACUCAUUUUAAUGCAAAAGGAGCUGACUUUCCAAAUCUGUCUCAUACAGUUGGUAUUUCAAGUGACAAGAUUUUUGAAAGUAGUGAAACGACUCGUGUUAGUCUCAAAACCAAGGAACCAUCAAAAUCUAUAACACCAAUUAUUGCAAAACCCACCAAGAAACAAGCUGAAACCAACUCUACAACUGCAACUCCGGAUACACAAUUGAUUUCCAUGAAAUCUACAACAAUAGCAAAUACAAAACCCACCAUAAAAGUUGUUGAGUCUAAGACUGCCACUAUCAAUCCUGACAUACCAACAAUUUUACCAAAUAAACCCCUUCACCAGCUAAUCAAGUGUAGUCUAUCAUAUUUGUAUAAAAGGAACAUCGUUGCUUAUGGUACUGUUCACUUAUCAUCAGAAAGACAAUUCAUUCAGUUCCUCUACAAGAUGAUUGCAAUAAAGUUUCCGCUGAUGAAGUGGUAA